AUGUGUAUAUAUUACAAACUUCAUCUAUCAAAGAAAUCUCACCUCCUAGGGAGAAACCUAGUCCUCUUGAGAAAGAUUUCCGCCAUGGACGGUGAUGAGAGUCCACAUAGUGCUCUUCUAGCGUUGCCCGCAGAGAUUUUAAUCAAUAUUUUAAGCCAUUUAGAUGAGAAGGAUUUAUACGUCUUACAAGAGGUUUGCUCCAGAUUAAGAAGAUUGGUUAAUGAUGAAGAGUUGUGGAAGAAUCUGUUCAUAUCGCAAAUUCACACUAAUUAUUUUCCAUCCUUUGCGCAGACCCCAAAAUAUAGUAUCGAAUAUGUGGAUCGUCAGCAGGGUUUGAGACAAUGGGGUCAUAAUAGAGCUAUUAAGACGAAGUAUGUUAUUGCACCAUCGCCAAGGUUUGAAGUUCAGAUAGAAAGUAUGAUAUUUGAUUAUCCACGUUGUGCAUGUUAUAACGAUGGUGUUAUUACGGUAGUGCAACUGCAUCAAAGGCGUAAGAAAGAUCGUUUAGUCUAUAUUCCCUGUACUACACCUCAAGGUUGCUCUACUAUGCAUUUUAACAUUAACUCCGCCGUAUUUGGAAGAUUCGACGGUAGGGUCUUUGGUAAAUUGUUGAGUAAUAAAUCGUAUCUGACCCCCGUGACAGAAUUUAAUGCAAGGCACACCCACUGCGUCACGGCGAUAGCUGCGUCUUCAUCACAAGAUUUUUCAGAGGAUUGGUGUGCAAGUGGAUCAGCGAAUGGUGAACUUAUGUGGUGGUGUGAGACAAAAUUAGUGAAAGAUAUCAGAGUCUCGAACAGACCCAUUCAACGAUUGGCUCUCUAUAAGAAUUGGACAAUAGCAUUAGAUGACGACAGGAUAUACGUAAUUCAUGCCAUGGAUCAAGUUCAUUCUUUGGCUCUUCCGAGAGUUCAAAAUGAAGCUGGUGCUGAAGUCCCAUUAAACGUUCAAUUUCUGAAAGUCGAUUUUGGUGCCAAGUGGUUGGUAAUGGCAGACUUAAAGGGCCUAUAUGUGAUAGCAUUUGAUCCCGAACAGAAUUUUGGGCACACGAGAUGUUUGCAAAUACAGGAAGGUAUAUCUAAUGUAGUAGCAGAUGAAUCUACAUGUCGAAGAGAACAAAAUUCCAAUUUUGCUGGUGGUGAUGGUUGUUUUAUUGCAGUUAUAACUGCAGAUAAUUCAGUCAAGGUAAUUAAUAUUCGUGCACCGGGCAAUGUCCUAAAAGUCAACACACAUUUGCAUUUUGAUAAAGAGGUUCAUACAUGUCAAGUGACAAAUUUGGUGGUAGUCUGUGCCCUGGCGGGUAGUUUGCAGAUCUUUGAUGCUGCCAGUGGUGAACUGGUAAAAGUUGUGCAAAAGACAGAUAAGGAUCCCCAGUUUCUAGGUCUCUCACAGGGGAGAAUGGUAGUCGCCAGUCGGAACGUAAUUCAAUAUUUGCAAUAUGUUCCAGAGGAGAGAAUUAACAAAAACCGUACUGGCAGCAGUAGUAGGGGACAGAACAUCAAAUGGGAGAAAGAGGUCAGUUUAGGCAUGGAUAUUUAUGACGAAGAAGAACAGAUAAGACAAGAAACCGCAGAAAGAAACCGGAAGCUAUUGGAGGAUUAUGGAGGUGAUAUGAGUGAAGAGGAACUCCAUCUGAGAAUAGCGUUGAUGGAAUCUGAGUCCGUGGCCGAACGACCCGUCCAACAGGGACAGGAAGAGAAUGACGAUGCAGAUGAAGAGCUCAGGAGAGCCUUAGAAGAAUCUCGUCGUCAGCAUGAACACGAAGAAUUACUCAAUAGCUUUGCUGAUGAUGACGAUGAUGAUUUUAGAGAUGCAUUGGGACAAUCUUUAGCGGCGGAAAGACGGCGUAAUCCUAGGGCCAGGUUGCGCCAUAAUACACCUGAAAGUAGAACACACGAAGACACAAGCACCCAUACGAAUAAUGACACCCAACAACAGUUAGACCAGCAUCAACAGCAACAACAGCAACAGCAACAACAGCAACAACAGACAGACGAUGAAGAGGCAUUACAGUUAGCCAUAGCACUUUCUUUAAGUGAGAUGAGUUAA